GCCUAAGCUUUGUUUUACCCGUUUGAAAAUUUCCGAUUCAGCAAUGGCAAACCCUAAGGUUUUCUUCGACAUGAGCGUAGGCGGAUCACCGGUCGGAAGGAUCGUGAUGGAGCUGUUCGCCGACACCACUCCAAGAACAGCCGAGAAUUUCCGUGCGCUUUGCACCGGUGAAAAGGGAAAAGGUACUUCCGGGAAGCCUUUGCAUUUCAAGGGAUCGUCCUUCCACCGUGUGAUCCCUAAUUUCAUGUGUCAAGGAGGAGAUUUCACCAGAGGAAACGGAACCGGCGGUGAAUCGAUCUACGGCAACAAGUUCGCCGAUGAGAAUUUCAUUAAGAAGCACACCGGACCUGGAAUCCUGUCCAUGGCUAACGCUGGUCCGAACACCAACGGCUCUCAGUUCUUCAUUUGCACAGCUAAGACGGAGUGGCUCGACGGGAAGCACGUCGUGUUCGGGAAAGUUGUUGAAGGAAUGGACGUCGUUAAGGCGAUCGAGAAGGUCGGAUCUGGCAGCGGAAGCACCUCCAAGCCUGUAGUUAUCGCCGAUUGUGGUCAACUCUGAUAGAUCUGUAUCUUGAUCGUACGAGUGUUAGUAUAUCGUUUACAAUUUUCUUUUGAUCGUAUCGUUUCGUGUUACUUUCAGUCAUCUAGAGGUGUUUUUAGUACUGAUUGUGUGAGAUUUUAUCUGUAUUUCGUUGAUUUCAUCAGCGAUUUAUGUUGAUGAGAUUAACUAGUAAGUGAUCCGUAUGAAAUAAGAUUAGAUUUAGUGCUUUUAAUCUUCAA